AUGGUCAAGGACAAUAACAUUGUGGUCGGAUGGAAGGAACCAUAUAAAAGGAAAUGGUUGGUCAUUGCUAUACUAAUUGCUUUAGCCCUGCUUAAAUAUGGUGCUUUAUAUUGGGUUGUGUUUUGGAUAGGUGUAUCAACACUUCCGUUAGCCAUCUAUGGGAUCGCUUCUAAUCGACGCCACUUACGUCCUAUAAGCAUUGACAGACCUCAACGACGGUUUCAAUUCUUGGAAUCAGAUCAUUGGAUCAAGGCAAAAGCCAAGUUGAUGGUCAACACCAAUAAAUUGGAUGAUCCUAUAACUUCAGAUUCGUUCCUUAUAUCCGAGUUAUUGAAUGAUUUCAUUGAUCUUAUUAUUAACGAGUUUAUAAACUCUUGGUUUGUGAAGAUAUCACCUUCCAAUAACCUGUUUCAAAAUGCCUUAAAGCUAGAGCUUCAAAAUGUGACACGUACGAUUCACAACCGGUUACUGACUAUAAAUUACCCUCAGUUAUUGGUAACCAAGAUUCUACCCUUGCUUCAGGAUCAUUUCGAAGCCUUUAAUAAAGCAAGAGAUGCCAUAGUUCACAUUGCUAGUCAAAAUAAGAUUCCUACAGAUUCAUUGGAAUACGAUAUAGAGAUUGCCAAAGCUUUUAAAAGAGGUGGUAUACAUUACGGGGUGACCAUUGGAAAAGGACAUGGUACAGAACCCAAAUCCAAUGAAAUACACUAUUUAAGAAAUAAGGUAGCUUCAAUACUCCCAUAUUUAUUAUCGGAGCCGGAAUCGGAGAAUGAUAUUGUGCUGGCAUUGGUACGGGAGAUUAUGGCUUGUACCAUACUUGUAAAUGUGUUUGGAAUGUUAAGUGAAGGUGACUUUUAUAACUUGCUUAUUGUUAAGUUCAUUGGUGAUAAUUUGAAACGUCAAGAUCAAGUCAAACAGUUAAGAGCAGCUUUAGAGGAACAUACAUUGAAGCUGACAUUUGUAUCUCCAUCAACCCAUGAGAUUAGAUUAAAGAUAGCUCUCUUAGAUAACUCUUCUCAUGUAUCUGCGUUCAAGCAGAUCAUAAGUGAGGUUACAAAGUUGACUUCCUUACAAGAGUUGAAAGAUAUUCGGGGAUAUAUUACUGUGGAGUUUUUCAGUUCAGUAUCAUCAUCACAUAAUGAGAAGCUAUUACGGAGAAUGAAGAAAGUAAGAAAUGUUUUGGAUGAACGAAUAAGAGCCUUAAAUAAGAAUAAGACAAUAGACAAUAGCAUUGACGAAUUAACCAUAUAUGAUAUAUUUGAUAAUUCAGUUGUCUAUAAACAAUUUGUGGCAUUUAUGAAUUAUAAUGGUAGGAUCAAAUAUCUUAAUUUGUACAACGAUAUUGAGAAGCUUAAAGCACCUCUUGAAGAAUUGUCUAUGGUUGAAGAAGACGACUAUGACGAAGAAGAUGAGGUAGACGAAGAAUUUGAAGAGACUGAAAGGUUAUCUCUUUCUCUUGGAUUCUCUUCUAUGGAUGAUAUAAGAAGAAUAAGGCGUGUGUACUUCAACGAUGAUGAUCAUAUUAUUGAUGAAAGCUUGAAACAAGCCAUAGAUCAACUAAUUCUUAAAGAUGGGACUAAUGACUUUAAACUAUAUAUGAGGGUAAGAAAGUCCUUAUUCCGACUACAGAAUGAUAUCUUAAAGUCACUUGUUGAAGACGAUUUACCUGCCUUUAAGCAAUCAGAAUUCUUUCAAAAAGUGGUUGACCUUAAAGUUUUUCAUUUCCAGGAACCUUCAAUUGAAAACACAGCAGACGUUGAUACUCUUGAUACCAUAAAGAACUAUACAUAUAAAGAAGAUAACAAUAAGGAUCAAGCUGAUGGAGAAAUAAGUCAAACGGUAAUUAAAGCCGUUGAAGAUGCGUUCACCCAAAUCAUGAAUAGUGAUACCAUGCAAUCAACAACAGCAGUCUUGAAAGACUCUAAAAGAGAACUACUAGGUUCAACAAUACCAUCUAGUUUAUUUGGAGAUGAUACACAUGUUAUUGGUGGAAGUUCACGUAAUUCUAAUAGGAAUUCCCGGUUAUUUGAUGAUGAACUAAGUGAGAAUGAAAAUGAGUCUGGUACUGAUACUGAAUCUAUUAGUUUAGAUUCUUCAGAGCCUUCAUUGCUGAGUGGAGGUGGAGGAGGAGGAGGAGGUGAACAACUGCAGUUAUUCCUUGCUGGGCCUGGGAAUUUGAGUUUAUCUGAGGAGAUUGUUAAACUUAAUGAAGAUUUGCAUAAAUUGACUGAACAAUUGUCGAUUUUGGCUCCAUUAAUUCGAAAGGCAGAGCUUACUAAUAAUGUUAAUGAAUUAAGGAUUUUGAUGAAAUCUAAGACCAGUUUGGAAAGAGAAAUCAAUGCCAAAGAAUUACAACGACAACAAUAUAUUGUACAAGAAAAUGAUAAUUCCUUAUAUGGCAAGUCCAAAGUUAGCAUUCAAAGCUAUAUCAUUGCCAACGAACAUGAUAAGGACUAUGUUUUAUACAUUGUUGAGGUUCAAAAGUAUUCUGCCGAGAACCCCAACGUUACCACCGCUGGUUGGAUAGUUGCAAGACGAUACAGUCAGUUUUAUAAGUUGAAUGAGUAUUUGAAAUUCAAUUAUCCCAAGGUUGGAGGUUUAAAGUUCCCCAAGAAGGCAGUUCUGGUUCUCAAGUUUCAGCAACGACAAAUAGUUGAGCUUCGGAAACAAUUAUUGGAAGAGUAUCUUCAAGAUUUGAUUAGGAUACCUGAGAUUUGUUCUGAUAAGGCGUUUCGAGCCUUUCUUUCCUCGGAGAACUUUGAUUUGAAGAGUAGUCUGCUGUUUGGGAAGAGCAUACAAUCCUUGUCCAAUAAGGUGUAUUCUGGUCUUUCUACACGAUUAAAUCCUGAACCUUAUAGAAACCCGAAUACUGCUGUAAGUACUAGCGCUAGUACUAGUUCUGUUAGUGCUACUGUUGCUACUGCUACUGAAUUGACUGAGAACAUGAAGGAGAUGCAAAGAGAAUUAAGACAAUAUGAUGAUAGUAGCAGCAGUAGCAGUAAUAACGAAGAUUCUAAGACUACAACAGUAUUCGUUCGACUGAUAUGUGAUUUUCUUAUAUCGAUCUUCCGCUUAAAGAGUUCCAAGACAUGGCUCAGAGGUAGAGCCUUGGUUGUUAUCUUACAACAAUUGUUUGGUACGACUAUUGAAAAGAAAGUGUAUCAAUUUGUUGAUCUACAAGUGCGAAGUGAAUCCAAAUUGAUAGACCUUCUAGUGAUGACUAAGAACAUGUUGUUCCCCAAUGGACACUUUAAAGAUCCUCCAGUGGUUAGAAGUUACUAUGAAAUGUCGACCACCAAACAAGAAGCUCGAGUUAUCUUUGGAGAAUUCAUGAAGGAAGCCUGUGGUCGGAUUUUUGGUGUGGUAAAUACCAACUACGCUGCUACACAUUUAUUUGAUAUGGUUCAAGUUGAUUUCCUUAACGAGCAUUUGAUGUUUGAAGUGUUUGAUUUGUUAGUUGCCGAAGUGUUCCCCGAAACUGGUACAAUUACAACACAAACACCACCACGGACAAGCCACAGUUAG